AUGGAAAUUCCGGUCAUACACAGAAUAAGCGAUUUUGAAGGGGGCAUAAACACUUUAAACAAUCCAUCUUUCCUUUCCCAAGUUUAUGCACUUUCGGGGAUUGAGAAAAUCUACGAAGCUUAUAGUUUUUUGAAGUGGGGAGCUUUGAUUCUUGCCCUAGUAGCCUCAUUGUCUACCAUAAUCAAUGGACUUAAGAUUUUGAUCAUCAGAUUCCGGCAACACCAUUCUUUACCAGCCCAACCACUUCUUCACGACACGGAUUUUGACACUGACACGGAUUCUUCCUGCUCAUCAUCGGACGACGAACCAGAAUAUGAGGAGCCGUCUAAUUCUCAGAACUGGCGACAAGUUGAUGAGGAUUUUCGGGUUAGAGGCUCGGCUCAUUUUAUCGACGACCAGUGGCAAAACCGUAAUUUUACCCCCCGAACGAGGCUAAGCAGCAUCGGGGAUUUGUUUGCUUGGGCUGAAGAGCUAACAAGCGGAAAAAACGUGGUGAAGCUGUGGGACAACCUAGGGUUAGGGUUCGGUCUGAACCUCGAUGGAAGGGACAAUGUUUUAAACGUGUACGACUUUAACAAAGAAACAAAACUCACUUCAAUUUUUGGUGGGAAGAGCAUCUUUCAGGCGGUUUCAGCACCUUCCUCGUCGCCCGCAGUUGUUGUAUCCGCCUGCGCUGACUCGUCAUCUCGACUAGUGGCUGUCAGCGCGUGGGACACGCGCCUUCAUUGUCAGUUACCGGCUAUUCUAGCAGAAUGGAGGCCCAAAACAUCCGUGGAGAAAAUAGCAGCGGUCAAUGCUGACGGCGUAGAGAAGGUUUACAUCAGGGGUGACGUCACGGGGAAGUUAACGUUGGGUGAUAUGAGGAAAUUGAGCUCGCCGUUAACGGAAUCUGACGUGGAUACUUGGUGGGAUGCUGACGCCGUCAUCGUCUCGGACAAGUCGGUUGACGAAAUGUGA